CCGCUCCAUCGCUUGCCAGUUGCGAUCGACCAACGGCUUCGGACGCUUCUCGUCGACCAGGCACGCUUGCCGCACACGCAUGUUGGCUGCCCACCAAGUGGAGAAAACAUCGCGACACAAUCCAGCGUACGGCGAACGGCAGCGGAACGUGAAAGCAUCGAAACAAGUGCAGCGUGUAGUAGGUUACACUUACCAGCGUUGUGUUGUGUUGUGGCACACCAGCGUUCUUGGUAAGAGGUCCAUCUCCCCUUCUUUGGGGUAGCCGACCUUGUGUGUGUGUUUUGCGCCUGCUUGGAAGUCAGCAGUUACUGGAGGAGCGGUGUGCUGUGUAGUGUGACUGAUUAGUGUUUCUGCAGAAUCUGAGCCGGAAGAGCGUGCCGCCUGAGCAAACAUUAGAAAAGCAAACUCAGCAAACAAGCAAGCGCAAAGAUGACGGGCAAGUUCGUUGCCUCGUGCAAGGAAGAGCUGGAGGUCCGAAACUGUGGUUUCGCCCAUCUCCCGGCGGAAGAGUUUGUCAAAUCGCAGUGGCAAACCAGAACCAAGUCAAUAUUCUUCCUGCUGUACCGGUUGGCGCUGGCCAUCUUCUUUACCGGCGUGGUCAUCAACUCGGUCGUGGUCGCCGUGGAACGGGGCGAGUUUAGCAAAUACUUCAUCUAUCUUACCCACUGGGGCAUACUGCUGUGCAUGGGCACGACCAUCAUGGGUGCGAUCCUGGUGAUGGUUUGGCACUUCCAUCCGGAGUAUUCAGAGAAAGUAUGCAACUCGGACGAAAUGCCAAACGCGUUCAAAAUCUACUGGAUGCUGCACAACAUUACGCUGAUCCUGUCGGUGUGCAUCACCAUCAUCUACUGGGCGAUCCUGCACAAUGAAUCCAUGCCAGUCGAUCCGAACAACAUUCUCAUUCACGCGUGCAACUGUGUCUUCAUGUUUCUGGAUCUGAUCAUCGUCGCCUACCCGGUCCGAAUAUGGCACGUGCUGCAACCGAUCACUUUCGGGCUGGUGUACUGCAUAUUCUCCGUCAUCUACUAUGCGGCCGACGGUACCGAUAGAUUCGGCCGGCCGUACAUUUACAACGUUCUCGACUGGAACGAGCCGGGCAAGGCGAUGGUGACGGUGGUCGGUACCAUCCUGCUGGCCAUGAUCGUACACAUGCUGAUGUUCGCGAUCUACAAGCUGCGGGUGAAGAUCUACCUCCGGUACUUUAACCACAAACCAAUCAUCCCAACCAACUCGACGCUACAGCUGCAGACGGGCAAGUGCGAUGGCAUUUCGAUGGUGUACGGCAGCGACAAUAAGGCGUUCAGCAUUAGCGAGCGGUACUGAGCAGCGGACGGGGUUGGUCCGGGGCAGUUCCGGACACUGGGGUUGAUCGGAGCAGGUCCAUGCACACCUUUAGCUUACGUACGACGGGUUGUACGCACUUUUAACUGGACGGUUGUCCUCUCUUGUUUUUUUUCGGGGUGAUUUAAAAAAAAUGGAAAGUCAAAAAAAGAUCGAGAGACAGAUGGUAUUAGAUGUGUAAAGUAUUACGUGUAAGUAUUGUUUCGGUACGUUGUAAGAGUUAGCUGUGAUUAUGUUAAUAAAAGAGACGUUAUUAUGAUUUUUAAA